AAACAUUGUUGACAAGUAAUACUUGUGGCUGUGUCAAACUUGUCGAGCUUUAGGAGAAGCCGAAUUGAAUGUACUUUACGUGUGUGCCUUGUAGUGGUUUCGCUAUGUUCUUGUUAUUGCUAGCUAACUAAUGAGCCUGAUUAAGUUAGUCGAUUUUGCUCAUAACGUUUCAGAGCAUCUGUAGCUUAACGCCAGCUAGCUAGCUAAAAGCUAAUACUGGGCAGCAUGGGAGAUGGUAGUGUUACUCCCAGGCUCGGCAACAUGAAGGCGUUGCUUGGAAUAGUUGCUGGAGCUGGAGCCUCCUACGGGAUAUACAAACUUAUUAGCGGGGGAAGCCUUAAGAGAAUAAAAAAAGGUGCAAUCACUGAAAGUCCUGGUGUUGUGAAGAGCAGUCAGCUCAGUGAAGGAACCCUCAAGCCAGGGAGCCUGCUGGCUAAAGUGUCUGGACUGGAGGUUGUGUGUCCCCGACCCGCAGAUGUUGCAUCAGGUGACAUCACCCACCAGUCGACUGGCAAUUUGGAACCACAGCACUUAAAAAUGCUACUCUCCUGUCUGCAGACCAGCAGUAAUCCAUCUGACACAUGUCAGAUCCUGCUUACGUUAGGAAAUGCUGCCGCCUUCACUGUGAAUCAGAAUCUAAUACGGGAAUUUGAAGGGAUACAUAUCAUAGCAGGCUUAAUUGCUGAUCCUGCAGCAGAAGUUAGAGUGCAGACCCUGAACACUUUGAAUAAUCUGUGCAUGAACAUCCAAAACCAGGAACAAAUCAAGGUUUAUGUGCCACGAGUGCUGGAACUGAUUGAGAUGUCACCAGUGAAUUCCGACCUUCAGCUUAGUGCUCUCAGGCUCUUGACAAACCUCUCAGUCACAGACAACCAUCAGCACUUGCUUAAAGAAUCAAUUACACUUUUACUUUCUCUACUUGUUGUGAGCAAAGAAAAUUUACAGGUUCAGGCUUUGAAAGUCCUUGUGAAUGUUUCAUCUAAUCCAGAUAUGAUGGAUGAUAUUGUCCAAGCUCAGGCACCAGCUUCUGUCGUGCUGCUGUUUGAUGCACGAACAGCCCCCGCUGUGCUUUUGCGUCUUCUGACAUUUGCAGGGAACUUAAAGGCCUGGAGGCCCUCAGCGCAGGUGGCUGAUGAAUUGAGGCAGAAACAGGACUGCCUGUACCGGGUGAUGUUAGAUGAGUCCUCCCAACUCCACAGCAGACUGGUCCACCUGCUUUCACACCCUGAUGGGGAGAUUCAGGCGCAGGUGGCUCGGAUCUUGACGUAGUUCUCCUUUGCACCUUUUGCUCCCAUACACUUUGCCAAAGCCAUUAAUCUGUCACAGUACGAGUAAAAUUGUGAUCUGUUGACAUGACCAUACUGUCCCCUAGACCUGAUCUUUGUCAGUUUACAGCAACAUACUGUAUGGGCGCUGAAUGAAGAGGCCAUUCAUUCAGAUUAGUAUUUAAACAAACCACCUCUCUGUUUUUUCCUGUUAAAUAAGAAUCUGCCAGAGACAAUUUUUCUUCAAAGCUCCUUGGUGCCCGUACAUCUGAGAAUCUCACCUAAUUUCUGAAAAGAUAUUUUCCAAGUGACAUUUCUGUACCAAACCUACUGCCGUAGUUUUUAGAGAAUGUGUCCUGUAAACAUUUACUACAUUGACUGUCUGGAGUUCAGAUAGACAGUCUGGGGCAAGGGGAGGUUUCUUGCUGCACAUCGUAGCCCUCCUUGGAGACACUGGAAGAUUGGUGUCCCUCAAACCUUGUCCUCACUAACAUAUCGAUAUGUAUUCUAUAAUGCAACCAAUGAAAAGCUGGUCUUUCUUUGUGUGUAUUUCAUUUGAGAAAGGGUAUAUUUAAGUAAUGGGGUGGUUACUUUCCUUAAUUCUAUGACAUCAGGAAACCUUUAAGGACAAAGCACUGCCUCCCCCACAUUAUGAAAUACUUAUCAGGUGUUUGUGACACUUCCAUAUAUUGAAACGUCACUUUGAAGGAAACCAACCAUACGCUAGCUGGAUACACAAGUUUCUCUGUUCCUGCUGGUUUCAGCUGCUCUACAAGUACCUGCAGUGUCCUUCAAGGAGUAGCUGGUGGAAACUGAAAGGGAAGUGGAUGUCUGGAGUGUUUCAAGUAAAAAAAGUGUUUGACUUGGACUCUGUGAUAGCAAUUAUAGUAACAACUGUGAUUACUGUACUGUGGACGAACUGAAAAACAACAGUGAUUGAAUGUCGAAUACAAUUUAGUUAUACGAGCUUAUGCACCUAGUACAACUGCAGUGACAAAGCUGCUGGGCUAAAAAAAGGGGUUUGUGUGCAUACUUCUAAAAUGCAUGACAAUGUGGAAAUUACAUAAGAAUAAUUUUUGUGUGGCUUUUAUGACAUCAGCCAUUUGACUUGUACAGAAAUGCUGCAUUUUUGAGGACACUUGGCUUUAUUGACCCCGAUCCCAAAUAUCUCUCUGGCAACAUGUAGUUUACCAGAAAAGAGAGCAGGGGGCUGAUCUACCUGUGACCUGUUUAUUCUGCAUUUUGAAUAUAUAAUGAGAAAUUUGUUCAUGUGCAUUUGAAUGGUUCAGUAAAUGUUCUACAACCUGCCCACAUCUAUGUUUCUCAUGUCCAAUAUAUUCACCUGGAAUAUUGAA